AUGAAUCCUUUAAUAGAUCGAAAAUGUGGUCAGAUGAUGCUGAACUUGGCUGAUGAUAUCCGUGUGUUUAUCUACACGCAGACUGAUGCCUACUUUUCUACUUUUGUUUUUAUGGACAUCGGAACAACUGGUCUCCCAACCCACCAGUUUCAUCCCAAUAUAACCGAACUAUCUCUCCUUGCCAUCAGUCGGGAUGCUUUAGAAGACGAAAAGGAUGUUCCACGUUACCAAAACAAACUUGUGCUUUGUUUCCAUCCACGGGGAGGAAUGCGAGGACUGCCAGCGAAAAUAUCUCGUAGGUCAUGUGUCGUUCCUUAUCAAUAUUUUUUAGAAUUAAAUUACAAAAACCUAUGUAAUCAAGAGGACUUCGAUGUCCUGGCAGUAGAAGAGAUCCAAUUGUUUCUUCGUCGUUUGGAGCCACCAAUAUGCCUCAUUGCGCACAAUGGAUUUAAAUUUGACUUUCCGAUUUUAAACUCCAAAAUAUGGGAUGUGAAGGGAGAGUGUUAUCGUCUCGUCGACAGUCGGGGCGAAGAAGUAGCUUGCGCCGACACGCUACACUUCUUUAGGGCUUUCCCGCAAAUAUUUUACCCCGUGAGCCCCAAUUACUCGGUUAACUUAUCCACUGAAAUCGGAGAGCUUCAGAUUUCACCUCCUGUGCCCGAGGAUGCACCAUCAACUCAAACAAGACCAUUCGCUCUCGAAAAUUUAUAUACCAACGUCUUUGGAGAACCGCACCAUGCUGCACAUACAGCCGAAGGUGACUGUAUUGCCAUGAUAAGGUUAGUACGGUACCUGGGUUCCUGUGCUUUCUCUUGGUUUGAUUCCACUCACCGACGUCUUUCACACAUCAGGUAA